AUGGCGACUCGCACCACGGGUCCGACGGACGCGAAUUAUACUCCUGACGUGGCCCGCUGUCUCCCCGGACUCACAGAGCCAUUCAUGCUGACUAUCCGGGAGCUGGCCGGGGCUGAGGCCAACGUCAAGUUGAUCUGGUGGUUCAUUGCAGAGGUUGACUCGCACGGCACUGAGUCAGUGGUGGGCGAGGACAAGUUCACGGCGCGCUUCAUGGCCUGCGAGGAGGCACUACAGAGGUUGACCUACAAGGAGGACCGGGGCGUCUUACAAAAAGCCAUCAGUCUCGUAGAAGGUUCCGAACCGUAA